GUUACGUUAAGGUGUAUUUUCAUGCUGACGCUUGACGCUGGUUUCUAGCGUCAAACUCGAUCACGUGAUGAGAAUUUAACAUUCGCGCCCUUUAGAAAAGAUGUAGCGAUAAAGCUAAACAUAAUUUAGCUUUUUUGCCGGGUUUAGCGUCAACGUAACUCGAAGUUCGAACAAUCGCAUCAAACUAGCGAGUGCAAACAAAUACUGAUAAAUAUUUAAAAAUAGCUAAUACAGUUUUAUUCUACGUAACCAGUCACAAUAUUAAUUGUUACUGUGAUUGUUUAAAAUACUUACAAUGAGUUAUGAGGAACUACACGUUCAUUUCACAUGUGGACUAUGUGAAAUGCCUUGUGAUGAUUACGUAGACCAUCCAUGCUUAAGUGAUUAUGGAGAUAUACACUUGGAUGAAAAUUAUUAUGUUUAUCCUCUUUCAGACGACAAGGAAACAAUUAUUCGGCGAGGAAUUCUUCCAGACGGAAGCGAGGGACUGAUUGAAGAUUCCAUUUAUGGAAACAAAGAAAAUACAUGUCAAAAUUUACUUAUUUCGCCAACAACAACUACACCAACAACUAAAAACCAAUCUAAACGACGCAAGCUGACAGCUCCUAAAACAAAUCGAAAAAAGUUAAGCGAUGCGGAUGUUGAACACUUAAUUAUUGAGGUUCAAGUUAGAAUUCCUUCGUGGAAUUCUAACAUUCCAGUAGAAGAACGAUCACGAGAAACACAAGCUAAGCUUUGGGAAGAAGUAGCUGCAGCCUUGAAUGGGAAAAUAAGUGCCGCCGAAGCUAAAAUAAAAUUCAAAAGCAUACGUAAUACUUACCGAAGGAUUAUUCAGUCUGAAUACCGCGCUAGUGGUUCAGCUGCAGUAACAUCUCAGGAUCAAUGGAAGUUUUAUAACUGCUGCGAGUUUCUAAGAGAUACUUGUUUAAUAAGAAACACAAGCAGUAAUGUAACACAGGGAAGUGUUACCGACGAUGGAAACGCUGACAUCGAUUCAUCAAUUGAUGAUACUUUCAGUGAAACAGGUGACGAAGAUCUUGGAAGGAGCCAAGCUUGCGGCGUCGUAGGCAACGGUCAAAAGCGUCGACGCUCUAACAAAGACGAUGCAAUUGAUUCAGCAAGCGCUUUGAAUCGCAUAGCAGACGCUUUAUGCCGCGAAAAUGUGCCUUUAACACUGCCGGAACCCCCAAAAAUUGAUACGGUUGGUGCUUUUCUCAUUGGGAUAGGCAACCAAAUACGCCAGUUACCUCAGCAGGGACAAAUCGAUAUAAUAAAACAAUUUACAGACAUCGUUUACGAAGCUGUAAAGCACUGCUAGUGAGAUCUUUCGAGAUU